ACUUUUUUUUGGAAAAUUAUUUCAUUAAAAUGUCCGAACGUUGUUUAAAGCUGAUUUGUAACGGAGAGUUCGAAAUUGUUAAGAUAACAGAGGAUUUAUAUGAUGCGGCCGUGGAGCUUUUUCAAAAUUACUUUUCACAAAAUGAAAACCUAGGCAUAGCUCUUAAUCUAACCGGUUGCCAAGAUACACGAGCAUUACAAGAAAACUUUGUAAGACUCCUGCUUAAGGACAAUAUAUCUUUUGCUGCCCGACAUAUACCAAGUCAACAAUUAGCUGCAAUGUGUGUUAAUAAAAUCGAGAAUUCUUCCCAUACUACGGAGACAGAACCUAAUUCCGGUAUACCAAAAAUGGAAAAAAUUGGUGAGAUUAUACAUCAUAUGACGACAUCGUACGAUGUUUACAAGGAAUGGCAAGUGAAUUGCAUUAUCGAGUUGAUUUUUCUUUCUACGCGAACCGAAUUCAGUCGACGGGGCUUGGCAUUGCAUUUGACUGAGUUCAUUUUAGAUUAUGGGCGAAAGUUGAAGGCAGAAGAUUCAAAAGAAGCCUUAGAACUCCCAGCACAUGUUAAGGGUCAGCGACCGGAAGUCAUAACUUCAGUCUUUACAUCGCGUUUUUCCCAACGAAUUGGCGAAAAAUUAGGUUUCGUUACUUUGUUUCGCGAAGAAUACACAAAAUUUUCGUUUGAGGGUGAAACCUUAGCAAAAAAAAUUGAUCCUCAGCAUAAGUAUAUAAUUUUUGUAGCGAAACGGUUAUAA